AUGGAGUCAGACAACGACUUGCGAAACCACCCGGACGCCUUUUUGGCAAAUCAUCAACUGCAAAACGUUUGGCCAGGCUGCAGCGAUCAGACCAACGAUUGGCCUGCCUUGAACUGCCUGCUGGUUCUUCUCCGACAUCUUGCAAAGUUUGUACCAGAAAACUAUCGAUCCAAUGAUCUUGCUCGACGCAAUGAAGAGCUCAACCCCAUCUUGAAGCUUGCAUGGCAAAAAGUUACCAAUCCUCCGAAAGCUAGCGAGCUUCAACUGAGAUCAAAGAUUGCCGAGAUCUUUGGAAAGAGCCAAGGCCACACGCCUCGCUUCCAGGAGCUCUUGGAGAGCGACUUGAUGAUGGAUACACUCUUCUCGGACCCGAACUUUGGCUUGUAUCACCCAAAGACGUGGACAUGCAGUCCCAACGCUGGUUCGAGACAGUGGACGGUCGAUCACAUCCUUUCGGCAUUGGACGUUGCCAAGAAAUCCAUCAUUCGGUGGAAUGGUCAAGAGCCUUUGGCCGACAGAAUCAUGGGCCUCUUUCCCAUCUUUGAUCAUUCAGACGAUGCCAGAAGUCACGGCGAAAGAGUCAUUAGGCACAUGUGUGCCAAACCAAACUUUCUAUUUGUCCAUUACACAAAUGAUGGCACAGAAUGGCACAACUUUUCAUCGCUAGAGAGACUUUCUUUUGACGUCUCUGAAUGGUCAGUUAAUCCUGUUGACCAUCGAUUCCGACUUGGGCGCACCAAUGUCCAGUAUGCCUUGGUUGGAGUUGUAUACAUGCACCCGACAGCAAGCAUGGACAGCGUCCGACUCUACCGUCUCGACGGUAGUCAUGUCCAACACCCGGAAAGCGCGGUGAUGGCCAAUAUCACACAUGAUGAAUGGGAACUCGAAGGCCCCGGUACUUUUGUCUUGAUUUACAAGAAGAUCAGUGUCCCUGCCCAUGGGGGCGAAGAGAUUACUCCAGCCAGAGAAACCAAUCACGAGAUGAAUGGUUUGACGAAUACAUCAGACGUGAACCUUAGGAUUCCAACCUCUGGAUUCAAUGCUGCGUCAUCUCCCGCCGCUGCAAGCAUGUCAAGCAUCGAAAGAGGUGCCUCUUUGGCAGAAGAAUCAACUCCCCGGCCUCUUCAAAGACAAAGCCAAGGGCAAUCUUUAUUGAAACGAGAAUCAGUGGAAUCUUUGGACAUCGUGGGAGGCUUUCGACCAAAGAAGCCAAAGAUUGAACCCGGCCUUCUUCUCCCACUCGGACCAUCCACGCCACAAAAUGCGCAAUUUUCCCCAAAAGACCCCUCGAGCUCAAACAACCGUCCCUUGCAUGCGGUAGCGCAAUCCGAUUCUGAUCUCGAGAUGCCGAUAUUUGACGCACUGGGACGUCCAAUGUCUAGCAGAGCUCCCACGACAGGCCGCUAUUUCCUUCCGGCAGAGCACUUGAACUCACAUCUCGAGAUGCCGAUAUUUGACGCACUGGGUCGCCCAAUGUCCAACAGAACUCCCACAACCAGCCACCCGACGAGACAGGAGCUUGACCCAGAACGCGGUCGUGGCCAGCGCAGUCGCUCAGGCCGCGGAGCCGGUCGCGGUUCAAGGAAUUCUUCUGUUGGAAGACGUGGUCGUUUCUUCUAG